AUGUAUAGGCUGCAAUAUAGCACUUCACCUUUUAAGCCUUUCCUAACUGACAAGCUCCCAAACUACGCAGAAAACUACGUGAACUCUUACAGCGAAAAUGUGGCCAAGUUCAUUAUUGACAGCAAAGAAGAUGUGUUGAAGAACGAAGAACUAAAGUCUUUGGUUGAUCUCUAUUACGAAGAACUAAAGACUUUAAAUCUCUUUAAUACGGUGGAUAAGUGCAUCAAGAAAGCAGAAAUAACCCUGCUGAACAUUAGAGUCGCGAUUAAGAAGUUUGAAAAAGAGUCGAUGGCCAUGGAUCUUGGAGGAAACAAGAACUACGCGGAUACGUUAAAGGAGCUGAAUAAGCUUAGGCUUCUCGAGAAGUUCCCUGAGCUGCAAGUGGAGCUUGAUAAGACGCAGAAGGACGUAAAAAAAAGGAGGAAACUAGCGACUAUAGUUUUCGGGGCUGCGUUUUUCUCAUUUUCUGUCUUGUCCAUGUAUUUAUGCAUCGUAGUCGCACCUCCAGCGGUGGUUGCGGUUGCGCUUGGAUUGACCAAAACGGUUGGAACCGCAGGGAUAUGGGUCUAUGGGAUGAUGAAAGACUAUGAGGAGGCUUUGGAGUCAAAGAUAGAUUUGUUACGAUUGACGGAGAACAAUACAAAAAGCAACAUUGAAGCGAUGAAGUCGAUUAGAAACCUAAUAGAGAAGCUAAUAAUAAGUAUCUCAUCGAUUUUAAAGACAGUGGAGAGACAAAAGAUGAGCAAGACGUGA